CAAAUUGACAUAUUUUUUGCUCAAACUUGGACAGACAGUCGCCUUCGAUUCAACAGCACAAUGAAAAUACUAACUCUGAAUAGCAAUAUGGUUGGCUUAAUCUGGAUUCCAGAUACAAUCUUCCGGAACUCAAAAACUGCAGAAGCUCACUGGAUUACCACGCCCAAUCAACUCCUUAGAAUAUGGAAUGAUGGGAAAAUCUUGUACACUUUACGGCUCACCAUCAAUGCGGAAUGCCAGCUGCAGCUUCAUAAUUUCCCAAUGGAUGAACAUUCCUGCCCCCUGAUAUUCUCCAGCUAUGGCUACCCCAAGGAAGAAAUGGUUUAUAGAUGGAGGAAAAAUUCAGUGGAGGCUGCUGAUCAGAAAUCAUGGCGACUUUAUCAAUUUGACUUCAUGGGUCUCAGGAAUACGACUGAAAUUGUGAAAACUUCUGCAGGUGAUUAUGUAGUCAUGACUAUUUACUUUGAUUUGAGCAGAAGAAUGGGCUACUUUACUAUUCAGACAUACAUUCCUUGUAUACUAACAGUCGUUUUAUCCUGGGUGUCCUUUUGGAUUAAAAAAGAUGCCACACCAGCAAGAACAGCCUUAGGGAUUACUACAGUAUUGACUAUGACAACGCUGAGUACUAUAGCACGGAAGUCCUUACCUCGAGUGUCCUACGUCACUGCCAUGGACCUCUUUGUGACUGUGUGUUUUUUGUUUGUCUUCGCGGCUCUGAUGGAAUAUGCGACUCUUAACUACUAUUCAAGCUGCCGAAAACCAAACUGUGCCAAGAAGAAAAAGUCGUUAAUGCACUCAGAGACAACCGAAUGGGUCCAUGAAAGAAUACGCACACACACCCACAGCAACUAUUCUGUCCUGGAUAUGAGACCACCUCCUACAGUGAUCCCUCUGAAUAAUUCCAUGUACUGGCAGGAAUUUGAAGAUACUUGUGUCUAUGAGUGUCUGGAUGGCAAAGACUGUCAAAGCUUCUUCUGCUGCUAUGAAGAGUGCAAAUCGGGCUCCUGGAGGAAAGGACGGAUUCACAUAGACAUCUCAGAGCUGGACUCAUAUUCCCGGGUCUUUUUCCCAACCUCUUUCCUGCUCUUUAACCUGGUCUACUGGGUUGGAUACCUCUAUCUUUAAAUAUAAAACCAGUAGUGGUGAUUGGAGGGUUUUCACACUUUUUCUUUUCUUCAGCAUUGGCAAAUAUUCAGUAGCAAAGGAGGACACUGGUCAGUUUCAUCCCUAAUUACAAAGAACUCAUUAUCUAUGAUUAUUAAAGAACCUCACCAAGGUUUUAUUAUGUAUGUGCCUGGGGGAGGGGGGUGUGGGGGAAAAUGCCUAGUUACUUUUCAAUAUCCAGUUCUCACUAAAUUCCACAUUUGAAAAUUAAUUUUAGAGAGUGGGAUAGCUGUUGACUCACCUCAACAGAGAAAUCUCUAAGACCUGCCGACCGAUAUAUUUGUAGAUUCCUGCAGUUUCCUCAUCUGUCCUUUCUCCUUACAUCUCCAAGCACUAGCACCCACUGGUGCUGAGCCACAUUUCUGCAUUGGGAGUAUUUGAAAAGUUGGAAGGACCAGCUCUGCAGUCUGACCUUCCUUGCGAGUGGUAGUAAGAUAGGGGGCCCAGGAUUUCUCUUUAUAAUCAUUGACAAAAAGCCAACCAAGCUUCUGUAAUCCUAAUAGCUGUCCAGUAACUGUGAAACAUCAAGGAGAUGACAGAGCUAGGGAGGACAUAGGUAUGUGAAUGUGUAUGUGUGUGUGUGCCCUGGUGCAUAUCAUCCAGGGAUAUAAUUUUGAGAAGGAAAAUGUAUGAUUUUCAAAAUCCUUCAUUUGUUGAAAUCAAAGAAGUAGAUAACCUAAUGUAUUACUUAGAACACAUUUUAAAGGAUCUGUCCUUCCUUUUUGGACUAGAGUAAGGCUACUUCACCACAAAAGCAAAGAGCAGGAGAUUGCUUCUAACAAGUUUCAUUAAAAUUGGCCUGUGCUCCUCUGUGAUGAAAAGGUCUGAGUCACUAUUUGUUAGAACAAGGUACCCUCAUCUUGUUAAAACAGGGCAGACACACACACACACACACACACACACACACACACACACACAUACACACACUCACUCACAAAUACCUUCCAAAUUUUAUUUUACAGUAGGUAAAUCACUACUGAAUAUUAUUUUUCUAAGUAAAACUAGUACCACUUAAACAAAACAAAAACAAAGAUUGUAGUUGGUAAGCAUCAAACAAGUAUAUUCUGGGGCUAAGGAAAAGUAUUUUAUACUUUUGAAAUAGAGUCAAGAAGCAACAUCCCAAAGAGAACUCUAGAAUUUAUAACUGUUUUGUACAAGAGAAAUCCAACUUUAUUUUGGAAUUUUUAUCUAACUCUUUCUUUGUUUCUGACCAUCAGUAUUUCUCAAGACACUUUUCAAGUGGUCCUUUUUUUUUUUUUUUUUAAAAGAAAGCCUUGUCAGUUGGUAGUAAUCACCUAAAUAAAACAGUAUAUCCAGAAAACACUGUGGGUCUCCCAAUAAUAACUGUGAAUUAAAAUUAGUUUAAAAGCAGAAGAUAUUUUAUAAGAAAUCAUUGUAGUCCCUACUACAGAGCCUGCUAACAGUUUAAAUUGGCUAAGGAGUAAAAUAAAUGGCAAUAGAAUAAAUCAUAUCAGUAAAAUGACAAGGGUGGCAUAGGCCAAUAGAAAUAAAAUGUCUGAGAUGGUAAAAGUUUCAUUCUUACUUGCAUGGCUGUUAAGAACAUCAAAGAUAUUCCUAGUAUAUUGAAAAAUGAGCAUAUAGAUAAGCAUUAAUGUUUUUUCAGGAAUUGGUUAAAGAGCUUGAAGAAUUUUCAAGAAUAUUGUUUUUCUUCCCUUUUCCAGUUUCUUCCCUUAUUGGUUUCUAGUUGUUCCUUAGCAAAUCAUAUAAUUUGUAGUUUGCUUGCUACUCUAACAAAAAUGUUUGGUGGAAAUUAGACUGAAUAUAUUGGUUUGAGUGAAUUUUAUUGAUUAUCUAUAAAUUUCUUUAUCUAUAUUAUCCCUUCCUCCGGGAAUCUAGAAUUGUGGAAAGGUAAUUCAGCAAAAAGGACAAUGCUAAUUUAAUUUUAAGGUACUAUUAUUCAAAACUGGUUUAAUUACCCUAAUGUAGAUUUUCAUAAAAUAAUUGGUUCCUUCUUACCAACUGGUCAAGCCACUCUUUCCACUGACAAGAUCUCACUCCUUAUAAUGAUGAGAGAAAUACUGAGCCUGAUCUAGUUGAAAAGGAGUGUUGUGAUGGUAGGAUUCCCAGGUGGAGUUUUCCACAGUGGAAAAAAAUUCACCUGACAGCUCCUUAACCUAGAAAUCAAGAAAUCUUUCCCAGCACCCUACCCCAUAACAGAAAUGGUUUGAAUAUUGGUGAAAUAAUUUGAUGGAAUCUUAUAAUAAAAUGAAACUGAAGAGGAAGAGAUGCCAAGAGAAUACAACAAUCAAUAUGAAAUAGAUGAGAUGAUAUGUAUUCCCAGUAACUUUACAAAGUGCUGCCAGUUUAUCUAAGUACCAAAAUAAUAAUAAAAAAAAAGAUUGUCACAUAAUAAACUUCCUUUUCUAGGAGGUGUCUAAAGAACUCUUAGGUUUUCAAUAGAUAAAAGAAUUGCUAGAUUUUACACCACACAUUAUUUGCCUCUUCUGACCUCUUCAGUUUUUUUGUUGUUUGUAACUUUUCCCAGCUGUAAGCAUAUAAUACUUUCAAUACUGUCAAGUCUGUCUUUGGAAGAUUGAUCAUAGAUAUAUAAAUAUGUUCCUUUUGCCUCUAUUUUCUGAGAGCAUGAACAGAUAUUAAUGCUUUAAAACAGUUUUUUUUUUCCUUUCACCGUAUGAUGAGACUCUAAACCUAAACAUAGUAUUAAUAUCUUUGAAUGAGCCAUUUGUAUAAAUGCUAAUCUCUCUUGCAAAAUAUAAUUCCAGCCAUGGAGAUACCAUUCUCUAGACUGGUUUAAAUGCUUUUUAUUCCUGAAUCAAAAGAACUACAUGAAUCCCUUAAGUCCAGACUUUGUCCAUAUGUCUCCAGUCUUGUAUGGAAUCUACUAUAUUGUACAUAUGGGCUAUUUCAUGUAUUGAAAAUGGAAAUGUGAUUUUGUUUUUAUUAUACAGUAGCAGAGGCCUAUGUUAAGCAUCUAACUGUCUUUUGGGGUGACAAAUAAUGAGUGAAGGAUAGCUCUGAGUAGGAUAAAACCCCACUCAAUUGAAUUUUUUUUCCUAUCUUAAGAUUGACUAUUGAAGUGAUUUACUGUACCUGUAACUUCAAGGUGGUAUGUCCAGAAUAGAUUUUAAUGACUGUAGAGUCUUCGUUUCCAAAGGCCAAAGGCUACAUAUUGGAAGAAAGUAUUUUAGGUGGCAGUUCUAUAGUUAUUAAGACAUUUCCUAGGUGCUUGGCAUCAUAAAGACACACUGUCUUUAUCUCUCCUUCAGAGUCAGCCUUACUGCCUAGACCAAGUUUUGCCAUUGUUAUUGCCACUGCCUUAAGCAACUAGGGGGAGAGGUAAAGAGAGGAGAUGGAACAAGCAGGCCAAAGUUUAACUAAAUUGGUACCACUACUACCCAUGAUAUCACUGGCAACUGCUAAGUGCUCACUUUGAGGAAAACUGCAGAAAGAAGCUUUCAAAUGGACAAAAGAUUUCUUUAAUAAUUCAUUAAAACUUCUAUACAGCUCCACUGUCAGUAACCAGAAUAAUAUAGACCUCUAAGAAACUGACCUGCUAAUUAUUGCUAUGAAGCAACAUAAUUUCUAGAUAUAUUCAAAAGUUUUACUCAAGAUUAUAGUUCUAUAGAAUUUAGAACUAGGAAGUAGCAGAUAAUUAUUGAUCCCAACCUCUACCACCAUUGAACAGAUGAGGAAACAGGCCCAGAGAAGGGAAAUUACUUGCCCAUUGACCACUUAAUGUGACAGACCCUAUAUUUGAAUCCAAUUUCUCUCUCUCUCCAAGUGAUCUUUCUUUCUCCCUUUAACUAAUCACCAAAGCCAGUAUUGCUUUCUAAUGAACCAACCUUGGUCCCAUUUUUAUCUCUCUCUCUGUCUCUUUUUCUCUCUCUCUGUCUCUCUUACACACACACACACAUACAUACAUACACACACACACACACACAUUAUAGUUAUUUAUACACACACAUCUUAUGGAUGUCAAAAUUUAAUUCAAUUCAACAAGCAUUUAUAAGUACCUUAUAAGCUAGAAUGGGGGAUUACAAAGUCAUUUUUCCCUGCCCUCAAGGAGCAUACAUUCCAUUUUAUUGCAAAAUAUAUGUAAACCAGCAUUGAUUGGCAUAAAAAUCAAUUGCAAGUAAUAUCAUGUCCUAUUAGUGGCCAGACAAAGAAAAAUGCAAGAUUCCUCUAUCAUCUAUGCUGUAUUAAGAGCAAUUGGGAAGUAGCGUUCAAUAGCUAUUGGUUCAGAAAAUAAGUGAUUUGAUUUGUGAUUUUUUUUUUCUUUAAAGCAAGCAGGUACACUAGAUUUUCAUGCCAUAUAGGGGGAGCUUUGGUAUUACUAAAAGACAAACCAGCCAACAAAAUUAAUCCACAUAGCAGAUAAUAUUUAGAUUUUUAGAGGGUUUUGUUGUUGUUGUUGUUUUUGUUUUGAUUUGGUUUUUGUUUGUUGUUUUUUGUGGGACAAUGAGGGUUAAGUGACUUGCCUAAGGUCACAUAUGAUAGAGAUUAUUUACAUUGAAACUAUUUUAAUCUCAAUAAUCUUGUAGUUAUGAUACAAACCAAGGAUCUCAAUCCCUUUAUAUCUAAAAUUCUAUUUAAAAUAAAAUAGUCUUUUGGGAGUUUCCCAGCCUGAGUUUUAUGGGAUGUUCAAGAGAUUCUCACCCACUAUGAAAUCUGCAAGGUUGGGGGUCAAAAAUUGAGUAGACAAACUGAAAAGGGAGAAAAUAUGAUUUAGUAGCACGUUGAAGAAGAUUUCUCAGAAUGGUAACAAUUUUAGCUUCUUCUGAUACAGAACUGGGUUUUAUUAGUUUUCAGGAUUACUCAAAGCAUAUGACCAAUCACAGCCCAUAAGUGGCAUUCCUUGGCAAAAAAAAAAAAAGAAAUUGUGAGAAGAGAACAAGUUUUGGAAUCCCAGGAGUUGAUAAAGAUGAGAUGGAAUCUUCCUGUAGGAAAACAUGUAGUUAGCAAUCUCUAAGGUGCAGUCAGAGGGCACUUCAAAAUAUAAUCAAUCUGGCUUAUUUUGUUUCCAAUAAAGAGAGAAAUAAAGUACAGCCUGAGGAUCUCUUAUUAAUGCAGACAGAUGUGUAUUUAUUUGUCCUGGAGCUUUCUUUAUCUGGGGAGAAGAUGUUUCUCCAAAACUUCAAUACCCAGUGCUCACAACAGGAAUUCAUCCUCCUCCUCCACAAUCAUCUAUUAAACAGUAAGAGAUGUACUAUAGCCAAACCUUUCAUAGAUUGAAGGUUCACCACAAUUUCAUGACUAAUGUUUCACCCCAGAAUGGUCAGCCCAUUUUAAAUGCUCAAGCAAAACAGGAAAGGGAAUAAAUUGUUUAAUACUGACUCAAUGAUUAAUUAUACUAAGUUUGUGACUAACAAAAAAGAAACAUUUUGUGCUUUCUCUUUUCUUUUUAUAUUCUAUUAUGGAGAACUGUUGAAACAGAGGAUCUAUAUAUAAAGUAUUACGAGCUUUAUAAGUAAUGUUCCAUUUUUGUGGUCUUAAUGAUCAUGAAAUAGUCUUUUGUUUUGUUUUGUUUUGUUUUUUUCUGAGUAUUUACUGACAACAUAAUUGUGAGAGUUCAUCUUGGAAAUGGGGGGUGGGGAGUGAGUGAAUGAUUUCAGAUAUGUAGUCAGAUAUGGCAUUAUGUUUAAAAAAAACUGAGGCUACCGUUUACUCCUUAGGUCUCAGAAUUGCUGUAUGUAGAAGGGCAUUGAAAUCUUCCAUUUUCUGUAGUGUUCAAGAUGAUUUGAAUCUUGGGGGAAACAGAAAGAAAUCUGGUUCCUAAAGAGAUAUGACCAAAGUGCAGCAUACUGAAUACUUCCGGGGUCUUGGCACCUAAUCAGACAUUAUAGAAAUGAAGGAAGCAAGUCCAGAUUUCCAGGCCUAUUUUUGCCAAAUCCAAAACAACCCUCAAGCCUUUCAAAUGGCAGUAGGAUCAAAGGAUCUUAAAUUGACAGGUUCUAGGGACCUGGGGAUUAUCUGGUGUUCUUUCAAUUCAACAAGUCAACAUCCACCAAUGAGGCACCUUUUAUAUAAAAGGCAGGUGUGCUCAAUCCUGUAAGUACAAAGAUACCCCCACAUAGCACACCACUAACUGUAAUAGCCCCUGUGACCCCUGAAAGGACUUUAUAAUAGGAGAUAGAUGUCUCUGUCUUUUUGUCUGUCUAUCUCUUUGUUUCUGUCUUUUUCUCUCUCUGUCUCUCGCACAUACUCUCUCUCUCUCUCUCUCUCUCCCACACACACACACACACACACACACACACUUAUUGUAGCCAAAAUUAAUACAAGGUAAUUGGAGGAGAAAGUACUAAUAGCUAGGAAUGGGAAUUUGGGAAAAGCCCAAUGCAGAAGGUGUAUACUCCAGACAUGUGUGGGGUGGGAGGAGGAAAGACCUAUACAGAAAGGCACAUGUAUGGUCAUUAUGGUACCAGAUCAUAUGGCCUUUUAUCUCAAAUCUCAAAAUUCUAUAGAAAAUAGGGUUUUUAUUUGUUUGAGAAAUUUUAAUUUAAAGAAAAAAUUGCCACCUAGAAAAAAACACUGGGUCAAUAUUUACUUUUGUGGUGUUGUUCAGUUGUUUCAGUUGUGUUUAAUUCUUUUUUACCUCACUUAGGGUUUUCUUGGCAAUAUACUCGAGCAGCUUGAUAUUUCCUUCUCCAGAUGAGGAAACUGAGGCAAAAAGGGCUAAGUGACCUGUCCUCAAUCACACAGCUAGUGUGUCAGAGGCCACAAUUGAACUGAGGAAGAUGAGGCUUUCUGACUCCAGGCCCAGUAUUGUAUCCACUGCGCCACCCUGAUGCCCUGAUUUACUUUAGUAGCUCCUUACAAAGACAUUUUUAACUAGCUAUAUAAGACUGAUGGGUGAAAAUUGUUUGUUUUUUUGUUUAUUUCUCUGAGUCUAGCUCUCAGUAAACAACUAAACAGUGAAUGUUAACUUCUGGGUCAUUUAGCAAGUCGAACAUGCUUCUGUGAUUGAUUGUAUGGUCUUUUUCAUGGAACCCAUCACAAAUAGCCUUUGGUUUAGGGCACUGAUCUCCUGAUCUCAACUUGGCCGAUCUUUCAUUAGAGGAAUAUAUUUCUAUCUAGGGAGGAGAAAAGCAUGUUUGCCCUGAUAUCCUUGAUCAGGCUCUGGAAUGAUACGCAAGAGACUAAACUAGUCAGGUAUUUCAUUAUUUCUGGGAGAAAUAUAAACAUAGAGAACUCUUUUUAAAAAAUGUGGUACUUAUAAAGGCUAAGUGGUUCUAACAUUUUCACUCAUCCAUUUUUCAUAAGAGAUCAUGUGUUUCAGGUUGGAUAUCUGCUCUUAAUAGGGGUUUGCUUCAUGCUAUAUUCUUUGUAAUAUUUCUUUCAUGGUAUUUACUUAUAUUGAAUGAUAUAAAAAGACCAUUUUUUCUAAUUGUCUUUUGAAAAAAAAAUAGUUAUUUUUCCAUACAUUUAUACU